AUGCGCCGUGCCGGCCCAGCGAUGGCUGCGCCCCAGACGUCGUUGAGGAAGCGGAAAACCGGGGACGCGGACCCCGCACCUGGGUCGCCGCCCGCUGCGGGCCGCGAUUCCGCGGACUGUCCGGCCCGCCUCCGCCCGGGCACCUUCUGGCUGACCAGGAUCGUGCUCCUGAAGGCCCUGGCUUUCGUUUACCUGGUGGCAUUCUUGGUGGCUUUCCAGCAGAACAAGCAGCUGGUUGGCGACAGGGGCCUGCUGCCGUGCAAAGCGUACCUGACCGGCGUCCAGCGCUACUUCCAGGGCCGGCGCAGCUGGGAGGCGCUGAGCUCUGCUCCGACCAUCCUCUGGCUGCUGGACUGGUCAGACAUGAACUUCAACCUGGACCUGCUGGCCCUGCUGGGCUUGGGCAUCUCGUCCUUCGUCCUGGUGACCGGCUGCGCCAACAUGGUCCUCAUGGCCGUGCUCUGGGCGCUCUACCUGUCCCUGGUCAACGUGGGGCAGGUCUGGUAUUCUUUCGGGUGGGAGUCCCAGCUCCUGGAAACAGGGUUCCUAGGGGUGUUUCUGUGCCCGCUGUGGACGCUGGCGCGGCUGCCCAGGCUCAGCCCCACGUCCCGGGUCGUCCUGUGGGGCUUCCGCUGGCUGGUGUUCAGGAUCAUGCUCGGCGCGGGCCUGAUCAAGAUCCGGGGGGACCCGUGCUGGCGAGGCCUCACCUGCAUGGACUUCCACUACGAGACCCAGCCGGUGCCCAACCCGAUGGCCUACUACCUGCACAGGUCGCCCUGGUGGUUCCACCGCUUCGAGACGCUCAGCAACCACUUCCUGGAGCUGGUGGUGCCCUUCUUCCUUUUCCUGGGCCGGCGCAUGUGCGUCCUGCACGGGGUGCUGCAGAUCCUCUUCCAGGUGGUGCUCAUCGUGAGCGGGAACCUGAGCUUCCUGAACUGGCUGACCAUCGUGCCCAGCCUCGCCUGCUUCGAUGAUGCCACCCUGGGGCCGCUGUUUCCCUCCGGGCCGGGCAGCCUCAAGGCCCGUGUCCUGGCGCUGCAGCAAGAGGACGCCUGCGGGGCCGGGCCGCAGCCCAGGCUCGGCUGUGUGGUGCGGCGGGCGGCCAACCUCGCGCUGGGCGUGCUGGUGGCCUGGCUCAGCGUCCCCGUGGUCCUCAACUUGCUGAACGACAAGCAGGUCAUGAACGCCUCCUUCAGCUCUCUCAGGAUCGUCAACACCUACGGGGCCUUCGGAAGCGUCACCAAGGAGCGGACGGAGGUGAUCCUGCAGGGCACAGCCAGCCCCAACGCCAGCGCCCCCGAUGCGGUGUGGGAGGACUACGAGUUCAAGUGCAAGCCCGGGGACCCCCGGAGACGGCCCUGCCUCAUCUCCCCCUACCACUACCGCCUGGACUGGCUCAUGUGGUUCGCGGCCUUCCAGACCUAUGAGCACAACGAGUGGAUCAUCCACCUGGCUGGCCGGCUCCUCGCCAACGACCCCGAGGCCCUGUCCCUGCUGGCGCUCAACCCCUUCUCUGGCAGAGACCCCCCCAGGCAGGGCCACCAGCAAACCUGGGGGUGGACAGAGGAUGGCCGAGCGUGGAGCCUGGACAGUACAGUCACCUGAGGCAGACAUUCGUCCCCAGGUGUGCCAGCCACCAGCCAGCUCAUGCCUCCAGCUCUACAUGGGUUUUCUCUGUUACUGUCCUGUCUGGGCUGCCCAGGUGAGAGCUGGCAGGUAGACCAGCCACGUCCUGGUGUUGAAGCGCCCUUGUCCCCCAACAGGGGCUGGUGGGGGUGACCCCAAGGCCCCCACACGGGCACCCAGCCCAGCCCGCAGCCUCCUGGGCAUGCGGGGCCGUCCAGGAGGAAGGUUUGCCGCCUUCAGGCCCAAAGCGAAGCCUCUUUCCGGCGAAGUGCACAGGUCAGAUCUUCUGUUUCCCAGCCAGGAAGUACGGAAAGAAACAGCCGCGUGUUCUGGAUGCCACAGUCCUGUCUAAAGAGGAUGGAUGUUAUGAAAAUUGAGACUUAAAAAUCAGUUAAUCUUUUACGUGAACUGGUAAUGAAUUAUAUUUAGGGGAAACAUUUAAAACAUCGGAAAUAUUUAAAACUGCCGUGGAGCACACGUCCCUCUGCCAUGUCUUGGUGACGCGUGUUUUGUCUGGCAGCUGGAACGUGCAGCCUCGUGACGGGCAGGGCCUGGCCGCGGCCUCACCAUGGGCCUGAGUGUGGACUCCUUGCCUGGCCGGGGUCUGCAUUUACUUCAUCCCUAGUUCACUUUUUACAGCGGGUGAGGGUGGAAUAGACGCUCUUCCCUGCUCCCCCCGCCGAGCGCAGCUACAGACCCCGGACGCCACAUAGAAAACAGAUGGAGGAAGACUCUGAAGGUGGAGAGAGGAAGGCUCACCAGUAGGAGACUCUGCACCCAAGUGGCAACACCGACGGGAGUGAGUUUCUCGGUUCUCUUUCUGCUUUGUUUCCUAGACUGGGAGACGAGGAAGUUGGCGACUUGUUAAUGCCAGCAGAUAUGGACAGAAACUCCCCCACAAAAGCCUGCUCGCUCUGGCCAAAGGACCGGAAACUUACGGAGAAUAAUCACGCUGCUCUGGCCAAACACCAUGGGAAGCGGUGGCCUCACCGUGCCAGGAAGACCUAGUGGGGGGCCGGACCCCUACUCCGAGCAGGCUGUAAGGAGGUGCCCACCCUCACCAGGUGCCGUCAGAGGACUUGAAUAGAAGCUGAGAUUCUCAUCCUCGUGGGCAAGAACGAGCCCCCACUGGGUGGUGUCCACAGGGACUACAUGGGCCGGAUUCCUACCCACACCUGGCAGCACUGUCUCCCCAGGAGUGGAGCAAGAUGACGCCUGGUGGAAAGUUGGGACUUUCACCACCACCAAGCAGUGAUGGGGCCACCCUGCCGUGGUGUCAUGGGGCCUAGUGCAGACCCAAAACUCCCAUCCUACCCAGCGGCAGCAAGGAAUACCCACCUCUGUGUCCACCGGGCUUCUGCCCCCACCUGGCAGCAGGGUGGGGCCCCUCCUUCCUCUGCCAGCGUAGUCGGAGAAGAAGCCACCUGCAACAGGUUCAAAUAAGAUCCUGACUCUCCUGACUCAGUAUCCAGAAUACUCACUUUUCCGUUGAAAACUCACUUGUCACACCAAGAACCAGGAAGAUAGCAAACUGAAUGGGAAAAAAAAAAAACAGUAGAUGACAGGGACAUUAGAGUCAUCUCACAAAGAUCAUAAAACAGCCAUUGUAAAGGUGCUUUGAUGAGCCAUUACAGACACAACACAAAUUUUAAACAUACAGUCUCAGCAAAGACAUAGAAGAUUUUAAAAACAACCAGAUGAAAAGUUUAGAACUGAGAGACAAGAUAACUGAGAUAAAACACUCAAUGAUGGCUCAGUACCAGCAUGGGGGGUGGACAGAAUCGAUGAGCUUGAAGGCAGAAACAUAGAAACUACCCAGUGUGAAUAGUAAUGAGACAAUAAACCAAAAGCAAAUGAACAGAGCCUCAGGGACCUGUGGGAUGGUAACAAAAGGUCUAGAAUUUGUGUCAUCAAAGUCCCAGAAGGAAAAGAUCCUGGGACUAAAAAAGUACUAGAAUAAAUAAUAACUGAAAACUUACAAAAUUUGGUAAAAGACACAAACCUAAAGAGUCAAUAAACUGAGUGAACCCCACCCAGGAAAAACCCAAAGAAAUUCAGAGCUAAACACAUCAAAGUCAGA